UAUUUUUUAAUCAUCUCUUUUCUGUCAUCUUUCUUUGCUCCUCCAAGUAUAAUUAAAAGGAUUGCCCAACUCUCUCUCCCCCUCCGUCUCAUAUGCAUUGUUUCUUACCCCUCCCUUAAAAGGAGUGGAAUAACCGAUAAAGUGACGGAAGGGAGGAACCUUUGGAGAGAGAAUGGGCACCUCUUGUUAGAUCCUAAUUUUCUUAAUAAAAAAAAAUGAAAUAUUGGAUUGACAAUUGAUUGAUGAUAGAAAAUUUUGAUAUCCUGGAUAUAAUUCAACUAUACCCACCUUGUGUUUGAUUGGAGUCCUUACUGAGUUCUGCCUAAUUCUCUGGACAAGUGUACCAAUUCAUGGUGGGGUAGUAAAAGAGAUGGAACCAGAUCUCAGUAAGCUCUUCAUUGGUGGGAUUUCAUGGGAAACGGAUGAAAAUAGCCUUAGAGAAUAUUUUAGUGCAUAUGGGGAAGUGGUGGAGGCAGUGAUCAUGAGAGAUCGCGUGAAGGGUCGUGCCCGUGGCUUUGGUUUCAUUGUCUUUGCUGAUCCUGGUGUUGCUGAGAGAGUGGCUAUGGUGAAGCACAUGAUUGACGGAAGAACAGUUGAAGCAAAGAAGGCUGUUCCAAGGGAUGAUCAACACAUGUUAGAUAGAAACAAUCAUAGCAUUCAAGGAUCUCCUGGUCCUGGACACAAAAUAAAGAAGAUUUUUGUAGGAGGUUUAGCAUCUACAGUCACUGAGGGCGACUUUAAGAAGUACUUUGACCAGUUUGGCACAGUUACCGACGUUGUGGUGAUGUAUGAUCACAACACCCAGAGGCCAAGAGGUUUUGGAUUCAUCACAUAUGAUUCGGAGGAAGCAGUAGAUAGGGUGUUGCAUAAUACCUUCCAUGAACUCAAUGGUAAAACGGUUGAGGUCAAGUGGGCAGUUCCUAAAGAGCUAUCUCCCGGCCCCAGCCGCAGCCCUUUGGUUGGAUAUAACUAUGGUUUCAGUAAGGCUAAGAGCUUGCGCAACAAUUAUGCUCAGGGAUAUAAUCUCAGCUCGGCUGGAGGCUUUGGAGUCGGGAUGGAUGGUAAAUUUAAUCUAGUUGCUAGUGGUCAUUUUGGUUUCUCUUCGUUUGGUUCUGGUUAUGGGAUGGGUGUAAAUUUGGACCCAGGGUUGAGCCAGAGCUUUGGGGGGAGCUCCAAAUUUAGUAAUAACCUUGGAUAUGGGCGGGAUUUCAGUCAUUAUGGUGGCAAUUCAAACAGAUAUAGUGCUCCUAUUGGAUAUGGCAGGAGUAGUGGCCGAUUCAACUCUCUUUUAAGCUCCUCCCAGAAUGUGUGGGGAAAUAUUGGCCUUCACGGUGGUACAAAUGUUUCUAGCCCUGGCUCUCGCAUGGGCUCUGUAAGUGGGAGUUUUGGGAUUUCUGGAAAUAGUAAAGAGAAUUGGGGUUCUCCUCCUAUUUCUGCUCAAGCUGGCAGAACUGCUUUUAGCCUAACAAGUGGAACUGUUCGGUAUGGGGGUGGAGAAAACGGCUUUGGGCUAGGAGAAGGUGGAUUUGGAAGAAUCGGUGGCAUAGGUGUAUCCCCAACAUCAUCGUUAUCUGCAUCAAGUGGUGGAGGAUCCUAUGGGGACUUGUACCGUGGUGGUUCUGUGUAUGGUGAUUCAACUUGGUGGUCUACAUCUUCUGAGCUGGAAGGUCAUGGUUUAUUUGGUUAUGGACUCAGCAAUGCAGCAGAUGUCUCAGCCAAAGGUUCCGAGGGUUAUGUUGGAGGUUACAGUAUUGCAAAUAGACUAUCAAAUGAAGGAAUUGCUACAUAGAAGAUACAUUAUUAUCAUACCAGAAGGUAAUUGUUGGUGAAGAUAUUAUUAAAGUUAAACAGGUUUAAGAUCUGUGAAUUUACAUACAUAUCCCUGGUUAUAAUACAUUUCAGCUAAUAGGGAUUCCUUUAUUUGAAGUACACAAAAUCAGGGAGAGCGGUCACAACUCACAAGAGAUAUUUUGAAGGUCUGAGAUUUGAUUUUUCUUAAUAACUUAGUUUUCGUUCUUCGCUCCUGAUUGAGAUGUAGAGUCAGAUUGCAGUACAUACUUUGAAAGAUCCACUUCAUUUAAUGUGUUCGUGCAUUUCUCCGGCAAGUUGGUGCCAUUUUUUCGAUUUUCUUUUUUAUUCGCAGUAAUGUCUGGCAAGGUUGCUGCUCUUGUCUGUGUAUCCUUUUAUUUUCCUCUAAGAUUAUACCUAAGGUUCUGCUAGAUUUAUUGAUGCAAUACAUUUGAGUAAAUACACACUUUUACACACAUUUGAAUAUUUUGAUUAUUUUCUUAUGGAGAUUGUCAAUCCAACAUGUUUAAACUUCAUUUGUAUAUGAAAUAUGUAUAUGAAAUAGAUGGUCAUUUUUACUUUC